AAAAAUAAGAUUUCUUUUAGCCAGCUAUAAGGAAAUUUGCGAUAUAAAAGAAUUUAUGAAUGAUCAAAUUGUUAAACCAGUCACGACUUUACAAUAACACCGUCGCCGGCGGAGGUUGGAGUGCGAUUCGGAUUCGUGGUGGGUUCCAUCGGAGACAAACUAAGACGAGAUAUGCAGAACCUUCUACGAACUUAUCACAAUUUAUUUAUGGUUACUCUCGAAAACUUUAUUCCCAUUAUUGAAAGGAAGAUAUGAUAUUUUCUUUCUUCUUGAUGGUUAACCAAACUAAUUGGGGUUCUAUAACAAAAAAAAAAUAUCUUAUGCCAAAAAUCGAAUUUAACCAAUCGUCACGGACGUACCAAUAAAUUCGUUAUUCUCCCCAACACGUGGUAGCAGUCCAGAGUCCAGCACUGGGAUUGACGUUGAUGGCCGAACUAACUUUUUCCACGUGUCAAUCUAAGAUCCGGGGUAUUAUCGUAAAUAGAAACUACUACGAGGGGUACAUUCACCAACGUAACCUUUUUUUUUCUUUUCCCGGUAAAUUUCUGCUUUAACCUUUUUUUUUGUUUGUUCGAUCUGUUUUUGUUUGUCCAAUAAUGGAAACUCUUCUUCCACCAUUUUCCUGGAAAAUCUCGAAAUCUAGAAAGAUGCAUCUCUCUAAUAGAUAAUAAAGCCCAAUAUAACCACUCUUAAUCUCUGCUCUUCCUCUGUUUCAGAUCGGAUCCAAUUUGACUAAAGACAUGAUUACGAAUCCACGUAUGUUGUUAUACACGUGCAUUGCGAAAGGAACAGUGAUUCUCGCAGAGUUCGUUUCAAAAGAAGAAGAGCCAGGAAUCGAAGAUCUAGCUUUGAGAUGCAUCGAGAACGUACCUCCACACCAUUCGAUGAUCUCUCACACAGUACGCAAGAGAACUUACGCUUUGAUCAUCGAUGGAAUUUUUUCGUAUUUCGCCAUCUUAGACGAGGCGGUUACGAAAUCUGAGUCUCUCUGGCUCUUCCAUCGUUUGAAAUCGGUUACGGAGUCUCUUAUGGAAGACGGAUCCACGGCGGAUUCGUUGGUUAAUCAUCCGAGUCGACACUGUCUCCAAUCAAAGCUGGAACCAGUCUUCGUUGAGAUCACUACUAAUAAGGAUUUGGAAUUGGAGUUUGUUGGAUCUUCUCCUCCUAGAACGAGGGAGAUUAAUAAUAAUCAGAGUUUGGAUUCUUCGUCUAGAGGUCGAAAAGGUGGUGGUGCGUUUAUGCCGCUGUUAGGUAAGCCGUUGAGGGUGUUGAAGAACAAGAAGAGAUUGCAUACUGAUGAGGUGAAUUUGAAUGAGAAGAAGAUGGAUUCAUUAGGAAUAGGAGGUAAUAAAGGAGUUAGAAAUGGGUUGAUGAUUCAUCAUCAUCAUGAUCAUCAUCAUAGACAAAAGGCGAAACAGAUAUGGAAGAAACAUGUUUGGGUUGUUUUGAUGUUUGAUCUCUGCAUCUGUCUUGUUCUGUUUUGUAUCUGGCUUUGGGUUUGUCAAGGCUUUCAAUGCAUCCUCCAAGGUUAAAAUAAUUAUAAAUUAAAUACUUUUAUACAAAAAAACUUCAUCAAAAAUCCUGAGGUGAUGUUGAUAAUGUUUUACUUUUGUGUUUUUUUUGUAAUAUUCUCUUUUGUAAUAAUAUCAUGGGUUUUGUUUUU